CGCCCAGACGGAGCUCGCCGGCGAUCUACCCCAUCCAACACUAGAGAAGGAGAAGACACGGUAACUAGAAGCGGCGCCCUACAUCCCAGAUCCCUCAGACAGACGAGACCCAAGUCUGAAGACCCACACCACCAACACCCACGACAACCUAGCAAGAUCAUGCUUAGACCCCGAAAUCCCGACCUCAGGCCAAACUCGCUGGCGCUCACCCCCGUCCAAAUCAGAAAUGGAAGAGACUCAGCGCUGGACACGAAACCCUACGCCUCUGCUCCCUCAGAAAGAGAGACUAGCUGCGACCCAUCCCG